AUGUCUCCAUCGCCCGUCCCCCCUCAGGCCCGUGAUCUCGGCUCCCGUUCUGUACUUACACUAUUCCGGCGUAAGAAGCACAUGGCUCAAGUAGCUGCCAAUCCCAACCACCGCCGACACAGGCACGGUGAACUUACUCAACCCCAGGCCAACGGUCCGUACAGCUCUCUCAGUGUCACGUCUCUCGCCAGCCAAAAUCGCGACAUGGAUGUGGAAGAGGGCGGUGCUGAUAUCCCCGAUAUCCCCUUGAAGCGGCCAGCCAGCCGUCUGCCGCAGGACAAGACGUUCAACCCGUCUCGUUUCGAAGAAGCUUGGGUCGAGGACGACAGCAACUGGACUCAUCACGGACCCAUCAACCCUAAUGCUCUGAAUGUGAGAAAAGAUAGAAGUGCUGUACAAUCUCCCGAGAUCCCUCCAAGGGGGAGGGUCAAGUCUCCCGAACCUCUUCAAACCCAUGAGCGGCAUACGUCCUCCAGUCCACCUAGAAGCCCUCGCACACGAUCUUCAAGAUCGAGGGCAAACUCGACUACAUCGUCAUACCAGACGAAUGCCACCUCCUUACCGCCUCUUCAAACCAAGGGCGCCGGAGACGAUGAGAUCCUCGAACCCCUAGCCGAAGAGGAGGUCGAGCCUGGAUCGUUCGAUCUUGUGGUGCCUUCCCAUGGCGACAACGGCAUCUACUCGCUGGAGACUCGGUCAGAGCUCCUCUUCUCAAAAGAACAUCUGCAAGCCAUCUUCAAGGACCACGUUCUGCUCCAGCGUUUCACCGACUUCCUGCACUCCGCGCGACCCGACUCACUUCCCCUCCUCACGUACUAUCUGGACUGCUUGAAAGCCUUACGCGCCAUUGCUUACGCCAACGCCAUCGCCAGCGGACUGGACUCGCUACCUGAACACGGGUUCUCAGUUCAAAAUGCCGAAAACACCUCCAACACCUCGUUGGAGAAGAAGGCGGGGGCCGCCUUUGAUGUCCUCGUGCAACAGGACCUCCCGGCCUACAUUACGUACAUGUGGAUCCAGACCGUCAGCGUGUCCAUCAAGAGACGUAUCACGGGGACCCUACCCGUCCAGUUGAGAGAAAUGUCAGAAGGGUUGGCGGAGGUUUUCUGCCUGACGGACCCCUCAAGGCAUGAUAACCCGAUUGUGUUCGCUUCAGAAGAGUUUCACAGAACUACGCAGUACGGCAUGAACUACGUGAUCGGCCGUAACUGCCGGUUUCUCCAGGGCCCGAAGACCAACCCUUUCAGCGUAAAGCGGAUCCGAGAUAAGAUCCUCGCUGGCCAGGAGCAUUACGAGACCUUCCUCAACUAUCGCCGUGACGGCUCGCCUUUCAUGAACUUGCUCAUGGUCGCACCCCUUUACGACAGCCGGGGCACGGUCCGCUACUUUAUCGGCGCCCAAGUUGACGUCUCUGGCCUCGCCAAGGAAAGUUCCGGCCUAGACGCCCUCCAAAACCUUGUCGUGGAGAAUGAAGCUGCUGCUGCUGCUCAUAUACGGGAACAGGAAGUCGAUGAAGAGAAGGAUGAGUUCCGAGACCUGAGCGAAAUGUUCAACAUGACAGAACUUGAGACCGUCCGCAGGCGAGGUGGCAACAUGCAUCGCGUUCCCCAAGAUGAGGAACAUGCAGCCACGUCAACGAACUGGCACAAGCCUCGCAUUCUCAUCCAGGAUGAGACUUCGUCCAUCCAACAACACACCUCAGCCCCGACCAUCCACAGCGGCAAGCUCUCCGGCGUGUACGAGCACUAUUUGCUAGUCCGUCCCUAUCCCAGCCUGCGCAUCCUCUUCGCUUCGCCCUCACUGAGGGUGCCCGGAAUCCUGCAAUCCAACUUCAUGGACAAGAUCGGCGGGUCCAACAGAGUUCGUGACGGCCUCCAUAGAGCCUUUGCCGAGGGCCACGGGGUGACUGCAAAAGUUCGGUGGAUGAGCAAGCCUACCAGCGAAGGCCGGAUCCGCUGGAUCCAUUGCACACCACUUCUUGGCAGCAACAGUGCUGUGGGCGUAUGGAUGAUUGUCCUCGUCGACGACGAAUCUGACGCUGGCAUGCGAAAGGGAAAAGAGGCUCCCCCGGUCGAUGGACGUUUGCGUCGGACCGGUGCCCUGCAGCAACCGCGUCCCUCCAAAGAUGAUAACAUGAGCCUGUCAUCUUUCGCUGCGAUGAAUAAGGCCCGCGACGAAGUAGAUGCGCCCGCAGAUUUCGACAUUGACCCAGACCGGCCCGUAAGUCGAGCGAGUCGAUCGAGUCGCCUGAGCCGAGGGCUUGCCGGAUCCCGCCGACCCAUGUCCCCGGCCUUUAGCGACAACGACGAGCCUCUCCGGCCUGCAUACACGGUGCGCCUGGAGGAGGAUUAG